AUGGAAGACCUUGCGCAGAAUGUGCAACUGUUCUCGGAGAAAACUCUCCGAGAUAUCGCCAAAGGGCCAUUAGUGAAAUUCACACUGACAUGCCAAGAGACUGAAAACGUGAACCGGGUAUGGCAGUCGUUGGUUCACACGCUAUCGACAGCAUCUAUCUCGCCACCUCAUUCUGCAGAGGCAUGCAACGCUGCCUCUGCUUUUAUUGAUGCGGCCACAAAGUCACAAUGUGAAGCGACUAAGCAAUUGAUUUUCUCACAAGAAGCGUGGCUGUCAAUAUUCAACAUUUGUUUGACUCGAUAUGAAGACGCCAAACCGAAGCCAGUUAAAAAGCUUCUCGCCUCAAUCAUUGCCAUCCUAGCCAAAAAUCACGAAGGAGAGACAAGAGCAGCUCUCCAGACUGCAGUUAUUAAUGCUAUAGCUCCUAGCAUUGUGCUUGGGGAGCCUCAAUCACGACUUAAGGGGUCCCUAGUGUUUCUCGAGACAUUCAUUAGAAAGGAUGCUCUGUUACCCAGCGAGUUUAUCCCCUUGAUUCGCCAGUGGCUCUUGAAGAACACAGAUAGAUGGCCGACUCUCUUCGCCAAUGAUCAUGAGACUCUGUCCCUAGGCGAACCAGGUCUCGCUUUUGACAUUGCAUCUGGAAGCCUGUCCGAUGAAUUAGCAGCAAGGAUCUUUGUCCUGGGGCUCUUGAUCCAAACCAACAACAGAACCAUGGCUGUAGCUGCUGGCAACUUGCUGGCAAUGUUGAUCCAGAAGAUGAAGGCUGAAACUUCGCCAGAAAAGCUGUCAGCGAUGUGGGUAAUUCCAGCAAGACGCACGGCAUUACAAAACAUAGAAACGCUGGAAGACGUAUCUAAUAGGCUCCUGCAGCCUCUGUUCACCAUUGACCCCAAUGGCUUCAAGAUCUUCCUUGAAACCCUCCCAGUCAAGAGCCUUCUCAAAGGUGAUAUGACUGAUGCGCCUGAGGCAGAGUAUAUGGUUCUUUUCGCUGCUCUGCAGAUCGGCAAGAAAAUAAACUUGGUUCAUGAAGAUUAUAUCUUCAACUUUGGCAAAUCAAAAAUCGACGAAAAUGAGGUGUUGAUCAUGAAAAGCGACGUUAUUGGCAACUUUCUCCUGCACCGCGAGCCCAAUAUCCGUAUUGCGGCUCUCUCGCUGUUGAUCACGGCAUUCUCCACGGUCAAGCCAUUUACGGUGGGGGCAACGAAGGCUAUCCUUCGAGGACUACCCUCCAUGCAUGCGGAAUCUGACGCACAUACCCGAGGAGAGGUCCUGAGUCUGACACGCAAAUUCUUUGUCCGCCUUAGGGGUGGCAUUGUCAAAGAUGAAGAUGUUGCCGAAAAGACAGAGAAAACACUCCUCAAGUCAGCUCAAGGCCAGGUCAGAAACGAAACUGAAACUACAGAGUUCCUUAAAGCAUACCUUAAGCUAUUAGGUAAUGACUUGCGUCUGGCUGCCUCAUAUCCUCGCCACAUCACCGCUCUGAAAGCUCUGAAGCUCCUGUUAGACUCCGGUCUUGAUCCCCGGAUAGAGGUUAAACUUCAAAAAUCAGAGAUGGAGAACCUUUGGAAAGUUCAGGUUGAAGUGUUUGAUGCUCACCUACUCCGAUUGUUGAUUGAUCUCCUACUAGAUCCAUUCGAGGAAGUUCGUCAAACAUCGCUUUCGAUCUUGAGUUUGUGUCCUCGGGAGAUUCUGCUCAACGGAUUGCAAAACAAGACAAACCAGGAGUCAACUGCAGGCAUGCGGCUGACAGAUGCAAUCACCCGAGCGGAAAGCCUUGCCAGUAACACGAGCAGGGCCGAUCAUGCUGAUACUGUUGCUCGUCUAUACCACAUCAUAUUUUGCGCAGCCCUACCAGCAAACUCCGGUAGACCGGCUUCUGAUUGGUGGACAACUAAGGCAUCAGUUGUUGACACUAUUUUGAAAAAGCUUGAGGAACGUCUUCUGGAUUCAAAGACCCUUUUUAACUCCGUCAUGCGUGAGGCGCCACUUCAUGGUUAUACGUCCGGUCUUAGGUAUAUUGUCCUCAUGCCAAGCUUCCAUUCCCUGAUAUCUGACGGGUCGGGAUCCGCUGCUUGGCGGUCUAUCCAUGACCGUAUUGUUGCAAUUUGCGAUAAGAUCUGGCUCGAGGCAAAGCCUUUGCUGUGUAUUGACUCGCCCGAAGGUCAUUCGGACGAGCCUACCGAGGAUCUGGAUGUGGGACCCAAGGAUGCCCUUUCUUAUUCUUGGAGAUCUCUUCGCGAAGCAAGUCUUUUGCUCCAUGCCACUCUGAUAAACACCAGUUAUGGACCAAGUGGCGACCAGGGUCUCAAUUUGACGGAUUUUGCAAACAUUGGAGGUGUGAGCUUCACACAGCUGGCCGAACUCCGCCAUAGAGGUGCAUUUUCCAAUGUGUCACAGACAUUCGCCACGUGCUGUCAAAGAUGCAGCUCUUCGAAAGAUCCAUCAAUUCGAGAACUUCCCAGGAGCUGGUACCAGGAAGCUAAGUCCACUAUCUUUGACUCUGCGUCUCAACUCACCCGUCGGUCCGCUGGCUUGCCUGCAUUGGUGACAGGUAUUGUUGGCUCAGAUCCCGGAACUCCAUUUUUUAGCGAGGCCAUUAAUGAACUCCACGAGAUCUCAUCCCUUCCCGUGGAGUACGACAAAGAAAGACAGUACUUAGAACUGCCCCAGGUUCAUGCGAUGAAUUGCCUGAAAGACAUUUUCACCAACGCAAAGCUUGCACCACAUACCGAGCCAUUCAUCAUGAAAGCACUGACACUGUCCGCCGAACGUCUAGGGUCGCCAAUCUGGGCCCUUCGCAACUCAGGACUGAUGCUCUUCCGUGCCCUACUCACAAAAAUGUGUCGUGUAAUUCCAGGCGCCGGACCUGGGUUUGGAGGAGAUUCUGGCUCAGAGCCAGGAUCCCGGAUCACAUUCCCCAAGUACCCUGGUCUGCUUGAAUUGCUCUCUGGCCUUCUUACAACGACGCAGGGUGAAGCGGCCGAGGGCACUGAAAUCAUCACUGAGCGGGUGUUCCCUGCGCUAGAACUCGUUGGUGACAAAGUCCCCACCUUGGAUGAUCCUACCGAUGAGAUUCUACGCGGACUGGUUAUUGGGCACCUGAGUAGCCCGGUUUGGGGUGUUAGAGAGCACGCAGCUCGUGUAUAUGCGUCGUUGCUCACUCGACAACAUAUCCCGGAAGAUUUAUUCACUCUUGUUAAACUUCCCUUAAAGGUUACCGAGAAUUAUGUUCAUGGCGUUGCCUUGUGUGUGCGAUAUGCUCUUCGUCGAUACUCAUUCACCACCGACGAUUUCUGGACAUCAAACCUCGAUUUACUUUUUGCGACGUUGCGCACUGUAUUAGAAGUCCUGUUCCGUGUUGGAAAAUCGCCGACUGUGGCAGGGGAGCUUGUUGAAAUUCUCAAUGGCACCCUGGAGCGGGCGAUCCAGGCACAGAGCGAAAACCAAGUUAUUUCUUUCAUCAACGAGAUGUUCGAGGUUCACGACGUCGAUGCGAUGUUGACAUUUGCUUUCGACUCUUCUAAAGCAGGAUGGAACCUUUCAAGCACUGUCCGAGCAUCUGCCCUCCUUAGAAGAGCCCUUGCUUGGUGUACAACAUUGAAAAUGCUGAUUUCUCAGCAGUGGGAGCAACUCCCAGCAUUCUUCAAUGGAGUAUCGCAAUUCGACGCAGAUGUCGCUCGUUGGAUUUUGGAGCAGCUCCACGCGUCAAUUAGCGAAGACGAAAGAUACAGAUGGCCAUUGGCUAACUUGUAUUCGUCUGUGAUCUUGGGAGAUAGUGUACCAGAUGUGAAGACAAUGGCCGCGUCCAAUUUGGCAUCUAUCAUGGAGAACUCGAUAUCUUCACAGUUCGAUUCUGUGUUAAGCAUGGAUCUUCCAUGGGAUGCUAUCACAAAUAACUUCCGCCCAGAAACACAUAUUACCACCUGGAACCGAGAGGCAACGGACGCCGAGCUCCGACUUCGAGGCUGUCUACUGGUCAUCCGGCGGUCUGUUGAUCAGUCAGCUGCGUCUUCAUUUGAAGGCGAUCUCCGCAACUGGACUAUCAAGCUUCGCUCUGCCUUGAGCGAGGAGACGGAGUUCACAACCCGUUUUGCUGCAGCUACCUCUGUUGCUAGCUUUUCACGGGCUCUUAGAUCACCCGGAGCGCAGCCAUGCGUGGAUGCAGUGUUGUUAGAUGUCUAUCUGGUCCUCUAUGACAUGCUUAAUGAUGACGAUGACGAAAUUCGUGAUGUCGCUGCAUCAGCUGCUUCCUGGAUUUUGUCACACUCAACCGUCUCACCUGACGCAGAUGUGACUCUGGCGCCUCUCAAUGCAAGUGCGCUGCUUGCCAAUUUCAUCAUUGAUAACUAUUCAGAUUCCGCACUCCUAGGGCAACGAGUUCUUCGAUAUUUGACGGGCCAAGAGCCCCGGAUCAGUGGAUCUGACGAACGCAGUCACUUGGUUGCCGUGUCUGACCAGAUUGCCGACUAUCGCCAAGAAAGCACUGUCCUCUUCGUUGAGGAAAAACAGAAUCUGUUUAUUGAUGAUGUGCGGGAGGUUGAGGUUUGGUCGCGAGCUCUGGUACGGUUGACUCGCUCGACGUACAAUAAGCUCUCCUUGGAUGAAACUUCCGUCUGGGCCUAUGACGGAUUAACACAUCUCUGUUCUCUAGUUGGUUCUGGGAAAGAGCCAGAUGGACUUCUUGGUUGGGUCUCAAAGCCCGAGAUCUUCAAUCUAGGUCUCCGUGUCAUUCUUAUCUCUUCUGCUCUCAGUUCACAAGUCUUCCAGGGAGAGGAUUUGCGGGUGCAACCAGAUGCCUUCCGUGCAUCUCUCGAAUCCUUCUUAAGUGCAGGCAAAUUGUCGUCAAUCCAUGAGGAUUGGUUAUCGAGAAUCCAAGCUGGAUUGGCAAUCUGA